CGUCAGUCAGGAGCCAUGGCCACCGCGAGAGUGCUGACCGCCGCCAAUACUUCCUGCUUGCUCUCCAAGGCGACGUCGUUUCUUCCGAAGCAGAGUCCCUACAGCACUACCAGCCUUUGCUUCACCAGAAGAAGAGCAGCGUCGCUGUCGUUGUCGUCUUCGUCCAGGAGCUGGAGGUCCUUCAUUUGCACAGCUAUCUACAAUCCCGAGGUUCAGAUCAAGGAGGAAGGCCAGCCCGAAACCCUAGACUACCGCCUCUUCUUCGUCGACCGUUCCGGUCAAAAGGUUUCGCCUUGGCAUGAUAUACCAUUGCAAGUGGAUGAUGGUGUAUUCAACUUUGUGGUUGAAAUACCCAAAGAAUCGAAUGCAAAGAUGGAGGUUGCUACUGAUGAGCCACACACCCCGAUAAAGCAGGAUACAAAGAAAGGAAAACUUCGUUACUAUCCCUACAACAUUAAUUGGAAUUAUGGGUUGCUUCCACAAACGUGGGAAGACCCAUCGCUUGCUAACGAUGAAGUUGAAGGAGCAUUUGGGGAUAAUGAUCCAGUUGAUGUUGUUGAGAUAGGUGAUAGUCGGAGAAAGAUUGGUGAGAUUCUCAAAGUAAAGCCAUUGGCUGCUUUAGCUAUGAUCGAUGAAGGGGAACUUGACUGGAAAAUUGUUGCAAUUUCAUUGGAUGAUCCAAGGGCUUCUCUAGUUAACGACAUUGAUGAUGUUGAGAAGCAUUUCCCAGGGACUCUCACUGCAAUAAGGGACUGGUUCAGAGACUACAAGAUACCUGAUGGAAAGCCUGCUAACAAAUUUGGUCUUGGCAACAAAGCAGCAAACAAGGAUUAUGCUCUUAAGGUCAUAUCCGAAACCAAUGAAUCGUGGGCAAAGCUUGUCAAGAGAUCAAUUCCUGCUGGAGAACUAUCACUUGCAUAGAUAAAUCGCUAGAAUUGGAAUUCCACUCCACGCGCCUAGAUAUAUUUUGUGUUUCUUGGUGAUUCAUUAGAGAUAUUUCCUUUUGACAAACCGGUGAUGCUAAGCUGGACUUGGCCCCUAGUUUUGUGUUCUAUUAUGCAGCAUACUGCAGGUUUGGAAUAAUGGUGGUGAAGUAGCAAAGGUAUACGUUGUUUCAAGGUCCCUAAUCUGUGAGAUCUAUUCACAGUCCUCAAAGUGGUAUUUGGACACCCGACUUUGUUAUUUGGGUAAAUUACAGUAUGCACUCUCAAGUUUGUGUUCAA